AUGGCAGAGUAUGGCACUUUGACAUCAGAUGAGCUCAGGCGAAAGAAAAGGAUCAAGUUGGCCAUACAUAUUUCUGCUUUUGCUGUGUUUCAGACCAUUGUCAUCUUGGUAUUUGCACUCAUUGUGAUGCGUGUUAAGACCCCUAAGGUCAGGUUGGGUACUAAUAUCACGCAAUUCAUGGUGACUGGCAGCCAAGCAUCACCUUACUUUGACUUAAGCUUCACAACCCAAGUUGGAAUUAAGAAUACAAACUUUGGUCCUUACAAAUAUGAUAGCACCAUUGCCACGUUCAUGUACCAGGGUGUGACAAUAGGGCAAGUCACUAUACCUAAAGGUAAGGCUGGGCUCCGCUCGACAAAAAAAGUUACUGUCACAGUUAAUGUGAAUUCAAAUGCCCUGUCAAGCACUACUGUUCUUGGAAGUGAGUUAGGUGCUGGGGUGUUAGCUCUGAACGGCCAGACCAAGCUUAGUGGGAAAGUGGAAUUGAUGUUUGUGACGAAGAAGAAGAAAUCUGCCGAAAUGAACUGCUCCAUGACUAUCGAUUUCUCAUCAAAGGCGAUCCAAUCUAUGAUUUGCGAGUGAACAUAAAGCUGUUUUGCUUCAUU